AUGCCUGCAGAUGGCGAAUCCUUUUCUGAUCUGUCAGAUGAAGGCCAAACACCUAUUGAUGAAGAGCCUUCGGGAGAAGAUAAAGAAACACCUCAUGCUUCAGAUUCUUUGCUUGAUUCUCUGUUGGAUACUCUUGAUGAGCAAGAGGCUGAAGAGAAUAUUAUAAAAUCAACCUUUGAUUCGGCAUUUAGCGAUGAAGAAGCCGAGAUUUUCACGGGGGAAAUUCCUAUUGAUGAUAUAUUGUCACUUGUUAACUUUGAAGAAUCUCAGAUUGACGUUGAAAGCCUUCCAAAUUUUACCCAGAAAAGAAAUGUUUACGGUACCAUGUUUAAUGUCUCCGGCGGAUUCAUAUGCAGACCGCAAAAGAUGGAGUUUGCAACGAAAUAUCGCAACUUUAUUUCAUUUGCUCAAAAAGCGACUGAAAAUGAAUGUUCUUUGAAAUCGUUGGUAUCGCGAACAAGAAACAAAUCCGAAUGUUUGAAUUAUGGAACGAAAUUAAAGCUGAGUUUUCGUUAUGUGAACGUGAUAUGUAAGACAGAAGAAGAAGCAUUAAAAAUGGAAACAUUGGAUAUUCAAAAGGAAAUAUUGAAAUCUUUAAAUACUCAAGUUCUCACGGUUAUUUUGCUCGGAGUUGACGAAAUGAAAAGGGUCACCGGAUUUUACUUGCCAUGUAAAGAACGCGACAAUCUUCGAAUGGCGCUUGAUACAGCAAUUCAAACGGAAUUCAAUCCGCCGUUAGAGACUAUCUUCGGUCUAUUAGAUAUUAAUUUCAUUCUUGUGAAUGAAGCGCCGAGAGAAGAUCAGUAUUUGGCUGUUAUCCGCGUCAAGCAAAUCCGAAAUAGGAAAUACAAAUUGUUGUGCGAAGGAGAAGAACGUUAA